UGACCAUGGAAACGGAAAUAGGAACUUUGAGAAACCCGAGAGUGCAGGUGAGAUCUAGCCCUUAGGAUUAGACCGCUGGUCGUGCUCAGGGGAACACUCUCUCCCUCUCACCCUGCGACACGGCAGUGUGCCGCCGACCCCCGUCGCCUCGCCAUGGACCUGUCUUCUCUCCUACUGUGUGGGCUGGCCGUCAGCUGCCAUGCUCAGAUGGAAGGUCGGAUAGUGGGCGGCUACGUCCCAACUCAGAACUUCAUCAAGUACAUUGUCUCCAUCCAGACGACCCGGGGGCGUCACUUUUGCGGCGGGUCGCUGGUCAACAAAUACUGGGUGCUCACAGCAGCCCACUGUGAUGUUGGGGCAGAUAACAUGUUGAUAGUGGCGGGAGAUUACUCCCUGUCCAUGUACGAGGGGACAGAGCAGUUCAACAUACCCCAGCUGUUGAUACCACACCCUGACUACAUCGGCGAGAACAACAACGACAUAAUGCUCAUAAAGUUGAAGGCGCCCGUGAACCUCAACAGCUACGUGGCCAUCGUCCCUCUGCCCAUGCAGGGCUCCAGCGUGGCGGAUGGCCGGUUGUGCCGCGUGUCGGGCUGGGGCUUCACAGGCUCCGAGCUCCCCUCCAUCCUCAGGACCGUCAAGCUGCCCAUGGUGUCGCUGGAGAGGUGUAACGGCAGCACCUCUUACGGGGGCAACAUCACGGACAACAUGAUAUGCGCCGGGUUAAGCUCUGGCGGGAAGGAUGCCUGUAAGGGAGACUCCGGGGGUCCCCUGGUGUGUGAAGGCAGGCUGUAUGGCGUUGUUUCCUGGGGUAAUGGCUGUGCCCAGGCCGAGUUUCCUGGAGUCUACACCGCCGUGGCCAAAUACCGCAGAUGGAUAGACCGCACCAUCUUCAACUACUACAGCAGAUGCAAGUAUUAGUAACUGUACAUUUGAUCAGGAACUUAUAGCAGUUAAGGACAU